AUGGAAUUUGUAGAAAGUGGCGUCCAAAUUUCUAUGGAUGUUGGUGUUGGCAAUUCCCGGCGUUACAUUGAUGUUUCACGUUUAUACGAGACAUUGGGAUCCACUCUGGCAAAAUCUUUACCUGCUUUUCAUGCAAUGACCGGCUGCGAUUAUAAUCCCGCGUUAUAUCGCAAGGGUAAAAAAAGACCAUUGACGAUGCUAAAAAAUUCGAAACGCUAUCAAGAAGCUUUCGGUGAUUUGGGCAGCUAUACUUCUGAUAGUGACAAGCAAUGUGACUCGUUUUGUAAAUUUUCAAAUCUAAUGUGUCACUCUUAUGACAAGUCGAAACUGGUCUUCAAAGCCUGCUCCUUGAAGGCAGUGCGUGGUGAGGACAGUUACAUGAGAGUGCAUGCGCAUCUUAAGGAAGUGGGUCGUGAAUCUAAUGUUUCAAUACGUCUAUUAAAACGUGCUAAUGGUUGGAAACCAUUCCUAUAUAAAGUGACUUUUGACGCUUGCAAAUUUAUGAAAAAUCCGAAAGCGAACCCUGUUGCUGAAUUCUUCUACAAUAUUAUGAAAGAGUACAGUAAUGUUAAUCACACCUGCCCAUAUGAUCACGAUUUAAUAUUGGAUAAAUUUCGUCUCAGCGGCGAUUUGGUGAAAUUACCAUUUCCUAUUGGUGAAUAUGCUGUGGAUACCACCUGGCAUGUUAACGGCCAAUUAUGGGCUCGUGUAAAUGGUUCCUGCAAGGGUGCGGUCGAUAUGUAAUUAACAAACCAUGACG